GAAAACAUCAUCAUCUAUUGGCUGUCCCAGGUGAAAAACAGAAAUUAACAGCAUCUAUUGGCUGUUCAAAGUGGUGGUGUCCUAUGCCCUCUUAUGUCUCUGUGAUAUAAAAAUGACUUUUUUUUUAAUCCAAAAUGGAGCUGCUCUCUCUCUCUGAGAACUUUCUGUGCCGCACGUACUUUUCAUUCCCUAAACAGGCUGAAUUCUCCACACGAAUGUUCUAUGAAAUCUUGGACCCUGACUGGGGAUGCCUGGCUGACUCCAGACUCCGUGAUGCAGAGCAUCUCUGAAAAUCCUACAAACCCACAGUCGUGAUCGCUACACACCCGCAGGCUGGGGAGCCCUUUAGGUUGUGACAUGAGGAGGACAAAAGGCAAUUUCCCCCAAAGACCUCCUCUUCAGACGAGUUGAAGCACUUGCGGCAUUGGUGGUGCCACCGCACCAUGGCCAAGAGGGAAAGCUUUGGGAAAUGGCAAUGUGAAGAAGCUGGGACUGGGAAAAUUGGUGAGUGCUGCUGGGAAAAGAUGGCUGGACUUAGUGGUCUACUCUGCUAUAUUUGUGCAUUUCAUGAAAGGAAAAAACAAGGAUCUUCACUUGGAUUUAACUCUCCUUUUGCUCCUCUUACACCACUUCAGAAACAAAACCAAAAACAAACCCAUGCCUUGCAUGAGAGUAUUGCCAGAAAGACGGUUGCAGCAGUUACGAUGUCCUUGGCCCAGCGAAGGAAGGCUGUCAGAGGAAUGAGGUGGUGUCUCCAGCUCCAGCCGCUGCUGCUUUCCAGCCUCUGCUCUCCCCCUAAGGACGAGAAGUGGGGUGGGAGGACGAAUGCUCCUCAUGCCUCGCCUGGGAGCCAUGUGGAGAGUUUCUGGUGGGAAGCUGGUUGGCAGCAAAGAAAGUUUAUGGAUCGAGUGUGUGAGCCAGCAGAGAAGACGCUGGAGCCAACGCCAGCCGGCUCCAAGACGGACCCGCCGCUGGUCAAGGCUGAACCCAUCAGCAACAGUGAUUAUCGUAAAAGUUUAAUAAUCCUCCAGCACAAGCGUUCACUGGCCGCAAGAAGUUCUCCUGAUGUAUCUGACUUGCAGCUUAGCAUGAAAGUAACAAAGGUGUAG